AUGUCUAAAUUCACCAAAUUAGUCAUCUGCGCCAUUGUCGCCCUCCUCAUAAUUGGCACGGCUUUUGCUGGAGAAGCACGCCUUGUAGCUCGUCAAGACGAUGGUUCAACACCCUCCGCAACACCAUCAGGUGACGCAACACCAGAAAUCACCCCAGACGCAACACCAGUUGACGGUAAAGCACCAACUGACGGAAAAGCACCAAACCUUCCAUCAUCUCCAGCCCCCUCAGGCGCAGUCCCAAGCGGAAAUAUCGUAUCAAAAAUUGCUGAUGCCUUUAGCUCUGCUACAGCCGGAGCAAGCAUGUACUCACAACCAACCGGUGCCGCCAAGAUCGAAAGUGGUUUAUUCGGUGUUGCCGCAAUCGCUUCCUUUGGUUUAUUCUUCUU